AUGCAUGAAUGCAAAGCCAGUAAUACUCCAAUGGUAGCUUCUACCAAACUCACUUCUUUUUGUGGUACUCUUGUCCCCAACAUAACUGAAUACAGAAGUGUUGUUGGGGCCUUACAGUAUGUGACCCUCACACGACCUGAAAUUGCUUAUUCUAUCAACAAGGUUUGCCAAUUUUUGGCUAAGCCUACAACUAAUCAUUUGUCAACUGUCAAGAGAAUACUUAGAUACCUCAAAUCCACUAUUGACCAUGGCCUUCUCAUUCGACCAACCAAGUCAUUCUCUCUUGAAACUUUCUCAGAUGCUGAUUGGGCAGGCUGCACUGAAGAUCAUCGAUCACAUGGUGGGUUUUGUAUCUAUCUUGGUUCGAACUUAGUUUCUUGGAGCUCCCGCAAACAACAAAUUGUUUCAUGGUCCAUUACAAAAUCAGAAUACAAGAGUAUCGCCAUAGCUGUUGCUGAAAUUUCAUGGGUACAAAUGCUUCUCACUGAGUUGGGCUUCUCCUCUUCAUCACCACCAACACUUUGGUGUGAUAACUUAGGAGCCACAUAUCUUUCAGCGAAUCUAGUUUCUCAUGCAUGA